UUUGUGGCAUCCGGCGUCGUUCUCCUUCCCCUCCGCCGGGCAAUCACAAAACUGAAUCGGACGGCCGUCGAGGAUCAAGUUGUAUGAUGAGAUGAAGAGGGGAGACAAAAGACAAAAGUUCCAUGAGGCCCUUCUUCAAAUGCUCUAUCCCCCUCCUCCGGCUCCAAGAGAAGACAACCAGGACUCAGUAGACACAUUUACCCGAAACCCCAAUUUGGAUUGUGUUCCAGACGAUUUGGAUGAGGAUAGAGGGUCUACGGCAUCAACUGAUGCUGAUGAAGGAGAAGAGAAUGGGCCUAAGAAGUUGACAAGAGCUCAAAGAAAGAGGCUUCGCAAGAAGAAGCUUAAAGAAGCUGCUUCACGCCGCAGGAAAAUUAUUGGGCCACUUUUGCCUAAUACGAGCGAGAAUGGUACUGCUGAAGUUGGCGGAGGUGGUGUCGUGGAGGAGGAACCUCAAGGUGUUCGAGGAAAUGCUGCUGAGAAAGAUGAUCAUGCUCGGGCGGACAAGCCAGAAUCCGAAGAGAGACCACUAGGCUCGAAACAAAACAAGCUAAAGCAGAGAAGAAUGGUCAAGAAACUGGCCAGUGAAGGCAUGAUGAACCCAUCAAGCGCGGGAAACAGCAAUGAAGACGCUAGAAUAUGUGACAACGGAAGUGCUUGAUUAAUUACUCCUCACUCCUCAGAUAGUAGACGCCUCAUUGAUGCAGCAAACUAGUUUCUUUGAAUCCUACAGCCACCGUGUUUUUCAUGAAUGCAUUAUGCCUUCUUGUUAAGUUAUGAACUAGCAGAUACUGCCUCUUCUGUUUCAAUGGCGGAAGCUAAUCUUCGCCUGUGAGUUUUAAAACGAUUUCCUCCAGUUUGUCAAAGACAGACUUUGAGGUGUGAAUAUGAGUUUUGAUUAUUUUGAA